AUGGCUACAACAUUAUCAUGUUGCUUCACAGUGGCUCUUUUCAUGGUCAUUCUAAUGGAAAGUCCGAGUUCGUGUUUGGCUAAUAUGAAUGUAAUUGAUAAAUGUUGGAGAGGGAACCUUCUUUGGCAAAGUCAACGACAACAAUUGGCCAAAUGCUCCGUCGGUUUUGUCAGCAAAAUGAUCAACAACAUUGGUAAAGACGUCGUGAAAUACAAGGUUAUUGAUCCUUUCGACGACCCUUUGAGUCCUAAAUCAGGGACCCUUCGUUAUGGAACCACAAUGAUCAAAGGAAAAGUAUGUAUCACAUUCAAAAAUAGCAUGACCAUCACACUCCAAAGACCACUUCUUUUAAGCAGCUUCACUGCCAUUGACGGUCGUGGCGUCGAUGUCCACAUAACUGGCGCUGGAUGCCUGUUGGUGUACCAAGCAACCGAUAUAAUCAUCCAUGGGCUUCGCAUCCACCAUUGCAAGGCCCAACCACCUAGCACUGUGAUGGGUCCAAACGCGAAGGUGAUCCCUUUAGGCCUAAUGGAUGGAGACGCUUUAAGAUUGGUCACCGCAAGGACAGUGUGGAUCGAUCAUAACACAUUGUAUGAGUGCCAGGACGGCCUCCUUGAUGUCACUCACAGUUCCACCAACAUCACCGUGUCGAACAACUGGUUCAGGAACCAAGAAAAAGUUAUGCUCCUCGGACACGACGAUGGUCAUUUGAGAGACAAAAACAUGAAGGUCACUAUCAUUUUCAACCAUUUCGGACCUAACUGCAACCAAAGAAUGCCAAGAGUUCGCCAUGGAUAUGGAUACGUAGCGAACAAUUUCUACCAAGGGUGGGAACAGAAGACCAUGAGACAAUGUCCCUUGUAG